AUUUUAUGGUAUAUAAAUGCUUCCCGUUAGGUAUUAGUAUUACAGAGUGAAAUAUUUUUUCUCCGAUUAUGGAAGACAACGACUCAGCGACUCAAAGAAAACAUGGAAAUACGAUACCAAUAGACAUCACAGAUCAUAUGUUGAACACAACAGCAUGUCAAUUUAUGGACAGGCCUCGGACUGACUCUGAUUGUAGUGAUGAACACACCAACCAGUUACAUGUAUCACAACUCAAGGCAGAAACGUUUUCAAAUUUGUGUCUUAACGAGAACACUAAUGAAACGGAAUUUAAAAAUUGUAAUUCAAAUUUUGUUAACUGCAGAGCUCUCAACCCACGUGUUGAUAUUACUCAAAGUGGAAGAAAUACUUACCCCUUAAAUAACACGAACGGUUGCGUCAGUGCAAAUACUUCAGGUGAACAAAGCAUUGUUCAUAUACCCCCAAAUGUGAAUUCAGUACGGUCAGGAGACAGCUCUACUAUCGACGUUAACGGAACAGAUAUUAAAAACAAACUGAAAGAUUCAAAAAAACAUUAUAUAGGAAACAAAUGUAAGUUGUGGUCUCCUUGUGUAAUUUUUUGUAUAAUUUUAAUAGUAAGUUAUGCACUAGUUUGUUACUUCAAAGACAAUAGAGAUAACACAUGCCAUGAAUCACAUGGAGAAUUCACGUUUGUCAAUCCUAAAAUAAACUUAGAUUUACUUAAAAAGAACAAUUAUACAUCUGGAAAAAUUCCAUGGAAACCUAUAAACACAUCUUUCGUUACAUUAGACGGACACGGCAAAGUUAUCCGUAUGCUCGAAUCUGGAUCCUACUCAAUUAGUGUUUCGUUGAAUUUUGAUAACAGAUCUAAGAAAUACCAGUACCCUGUAUUUGUUUGUAUUUUGAACAGCAGAAACAGAACUGAGGUACGGUGUAACCCUGAAGUUCUUCAUGCACACACACAACGUUCUGUAUUUGUCACAGUUGACCUGCACUUAAUGAAAGACGAUACAAUCUGGGUCAGUGUUGAAGGAUUAAAGCGUGUCUAUCAACGUUCGGAUGCUAACUUUAUGACAAUAAGAAAAUUUGACAAAUAAUGUAUGGUUUGGAGAUUCAUAUAUAUGCUGAAGAUUAUUGGGUACAAAGGGAUGAUGCCUCUUUAGAGAUGAGUCAUAGAGUAAAAUUACAAUUUACAAUAAUCGACUAAUAACGAACAGCAGUAGAAAUUGUGUUCCUUUGCUUUGCCUUUUCGUCGAGUGCAUGUUUGGAUAAUGUGUCAUGAAUGAAUACACUUACUACGUCCUUGUUUCAGAUAUUUCAAUAGUAUUUUAGUCUUUUGUAUCUGCAGAAUUGUAUUUAUGUGAAAAUUCAUGAACUAAAGUAAUGUGUCGCUUAGAUUGCAUUAAUGUCAAUUUUAUUAAAAUUUUAAAAUAA